AUGGAAUCACAAGGUUUCUAUGACCCCCCUGCUAAGCGUAAACUAAACCGCAAUUCUGAAGCAAAGAAAGUAACUAAGAGUAAGACAAAACUGUUUGAGUGUUCCGUUGUUGGCUGUGAAGACGCCUUUGAAACAUUUGCGCAAUUACAGCUUCACCUGGACGUCAGCAAACACAACAUCGGACGAGUGAAUCAGUACGAUCAGAUAAAACGAGACUUGGCACUCAAAUUUUCAUCCGUAGACGUCACAAAUGCCAAAAGCAGCUACUCAUCUGAUUUUAGUGAGAGACAAAGAUCUCAGGAAAGCAGUACCGCAAGCUCAAGGCUACAAAAAGGAUUUGCCCUUAGCAAACCUAGAAGCAACGUCAGGUUUUCACAGAAAGUUAAAGAUUAUCUAACUGCACGGUUUAACCUUGGUGAAAGAACCGGAAGAAAAACUGACCCUACUCAAGUUGUAUCGGACAUGAGAAGUGCCAAAGAUGAGUCUAACGAACGUCUUUUUACCAGGACGGAGUGGUUGACCAAGAUCCAAAUACAAGGCUUCUCUUCACGGCUAGCAACAGCGCGUCGCAAACAACAGGGUCUCAUUGGGCUAUCAGAAGAUCAAGAAGAAGAUGUUCUAUGCUUACAGGAGGAAUCUGAGCGACAGAAUCUUAUGAAAUUGCUUAAUCAGCAAAUAAAUGUUUCUCAUCCAAUUUGCUACGAUACACUGCAUGAAAAGCGACGUAUUCCGAGGUAUUCACAUGUCUAUACGGGUUAGAAGAAAACGCAUAUUGCAACAGUAUUCUGACGUGGAAUAUUAGU